CGCGUCACCCUGUAUCCAGAGUCAUCUUACUUCAAGUCACCGCAAAUGAAUAAAUCAUGAACUCGAUGUUGGACAAUACGAUCAUGACGACUUGACAAAUGUGUGCGGGCUAAUUUAACGACUUGCCAAGUAUGUCGCAAGCACCCCGCGAGAGAGACCCUUCGAGUCGCAGGGACAGGAAAAAAAGGACACAUCAACGAAGCGAGAGCAACGGAGAACUGCUUGAUCCAUCAGAACGAGAACCUCAUCAGACCAGUCCGUCGAAAUCUAGACCCAAGCCGGAUCGGCAUCGCUCCAGUGAGAGGCGGGCCAGACGGCCGGACUCUGAAAACACCAAGACAACCAGCAGCGGAUUUUCCACAGAGCAGCUCGCGGCAUUGGACAAGCGAAACGAGAAGCUCGGUUGGUCAGAGUACGACAAAUUGAGACCGUCGCCUCGACGGGAAGAGGUUGAGGAUCGUCGCGACAAGCGUGCAUUGCGCGACUCUGGCAUCAGAGAAAGAGAUCGUCGCGACAGAGGAGGCGCACGCGAUGACGACAAUGAGCGGGAAAUUGAAAGGCGGGAACGAGCGAGGGAGCGUGAACGGGAGCGGCGGAGACAAGAACAUCGGGAGCGUCGAAGGCAAAGACGUGGGGAAGAAAGAGCGGCGGACAAAGCAACGGGCGAUGAGGAUGAGACGCGGGGACUUGCAUACAACGAGUCGAAACGAGCGCGAGACCGUCCGCGUGACAGCCAGGGCCGGCGAGUUGUAAGUGGUCAGAAGCUGGAGCAAGGUCCGACGAAAUAUUACAGCGAUAAGGAGGAAUUUCGAGACGACGUCCGUCCGUACGAUGGCAGUGACAGUACAAAUACCGACGGAGAUGAUCCAGAGAAGAAACGGAAACUCAGACGGAAGAUUUUUAUUGGAAUCGCCAUCCUUAUCGUUCUUUUGCUCAUCAUCAUUCCGGUUGCCGUCGUUGUGUCCAAAAAGAAGAGUGCUCCUGGCAACGAUAGUUCUGGAACCAGCUCAUCCCAGCCUGGCAACAGCGAAUUGGAUGGCUUAUCGGAGUCAGACCUGCCUAAAAAUGUACAAGGCACGAUACUUGACCCUUGGACGUGGUACGACACGACGUCUUUCAACGUAACUUACACGCCCGAAACUGUUGGCGGUUUGAGUGUCAUGGGAUUGAUGAGCACUUGGGACGAUAGCAAGCAAGCUAACGCGAACGUACCGCCGCUCAAUCAGCCAUUCCAAUAUGGAACCAUGAAGAUCCGUGGCGUCAACCUUGGAGGGUGGCUAAGCAUUGAGCCAUUCAUCACUCCAUCGCUAUUUUCAAGCUAUAAUACACAUGACGGUGUUGUUGACGAAUAUACUCUGACCCAGACUCUGGGACCAAUGAGAUCCAAAAGCAUCCUCGAGAAACACUACGCAACUUUCGUUCGCGAAUCAACUUUUGCAGAAAUCCAAGCAGCCGGAUUCGACCACAUCCGCAUCCCGUUUUCCUACUGGGCGGUUACCACAUACGAUGGCGAUCCAUAUGUCCCUCAGGUAUCCUGGCGUUAUCUCCUCCGGGCGAUCGAGUGGGCUCGAAAAUAUGGCCUGCGCAUCAAUUUAGACCUACAUGGUGCCCCGGGUUCUCAGAAUGGUUGGAAUCACUCGGGACGACAAGGUACAAUCCGAUGGCUCAACGGCACCGAUGGGACGCUCAAUGGCCAGCGGACGAUCGACAUCCAUAAGCAGCUGUCAACGUUCUUCUCACAACCGCGGUAUAAGAACAUCGUUACGAUGUAUGGUCUUGUCAACGAGCCUCGCAUGGUCUCACUCAACGCAGACACUGUGAGACAGUGGACGCAAAGUGCAUACACCGCAGUUCGCGCCAGCAACUUCACCGGAAUCAUAAUCUUCGGUGACGGUUUCAUGGGUCUGGAUAAAUGGCAAGGUCAGCUCACGAGCAAUCAAGGACUUCUCUUGGAUGUGCAUCAGUACACCAUUUUUAACGUCCAGCAAAUCGUCCUGAACCAUCAUGACAAGAUCAACUUCGCCUGUGGCGGGUGGACAGCACAGGCGUUGCGAUCUUCCAAUCCCUCAACAGGGUUCGGACCAACACUCUGCGGCGAAUGGUCCCAAGCCGACACCGACUGCGCACGAUAUCUCAACAAUGUCGGUGUCGGCUCUCGAUGGGAGGGGACUCUUAACACGGCAUCCACUCCCGGUGGCAGCGCCGACGGCAGUGUCCUGACGCCGACCUGUCCCACGAAAAACAACCCCCGAUGUUCCUGCGACCAAGCCAAUGCCGAUCCGAGCACAUACUCGCCCGAGUACAAGCAAUGGCUACUCAUGUUCGCCGAAGCGCAGAUGGCGUCCUUCGAGAACGGCUGGGGCUGGUUCUACUGGACGUGGCAGACAGAAUCGGCAGCCCAAUGGAGUUAUCGCACCGGUUUGGCGGCUGGCACUCUGCCGCAGAAGGCAUACGCGCGAAGUUUCAAUUGCUCCUCGGAGAUUCCGCAGUUUGCGAGCUUGGGACUGCCCGAGUAUUAUUGAAGUGGAACAUGGCAUUCGAUGGACGAAGUUUCUGUUUUAUGGCAGGCAUCAAUGCGAUCCAUUUUAGCGUGGGAAUAUUGUAUGAAUUAUGAUGAUGGGCUAUUUAUGGUGAUUGUCUUAAUGGAAGACGGUCGGUUCAUAGAACAUACAGCUACGUGGUAUUUAGGGCGUCCGGCAUUGACACUUUAAGAGAUACAUAUUACUCGAUCCUUAUCGGAACUCGAUCCCCGAGGUCAUUGUGAGACAUGGCCGAGAUAGUGGAAUCGAUCAGAAUCAAAUCCACUUACACCUACAGUGGCUAAAGCG